AUGUCACAGCAACCAACCAUCAUCCCAGCAGCAUCCACAUGUCACAGCAGUCAACCACCAUCCCAGCAGCAUCUAUAUGUCACAGCAACCAACCAUCAUCCCAGCAUCCAUAUGUCACAGGAACCAACCAUCAUCCCAGCAUCCAUAUGUCACAGGAACCAACCAUCAUCCCAGCAUCCAUAUGUCACAGGAACCAACCAUCAUCCCAGCAUCCAUAUGUCACAGAAACCAACCAUCAUCCCAGCAUCCAUAUGUCACAGAAACCAACCAUCAUCCCAGCAUCCAUAUGUCACAGAAACCAACCAUCAUCCCAGCAUCCAUAUGUCACAGAAACCAACCAUCAUCCCAGCAUCCAUAUGUCACAGAAACCAACCAUCAUCCCAGCAUCCAUAUGUCACAGAAACCAACCAUCAUCCCAGCAUCCAUAUGUCACAGAAACCAACCAUCAUCACAGCAGCAUCCAUAUGCCACAGCAGUCAACCAUCAUCCCAGCAGCAUCCAUAUGUCACAGCAGUCAACCAUCAUCCCAGCAGCAUCCAUAUGUCACAGCAAUCAACCAUCAUCCCAGCAGCAUCCAUAUGUCACAGCAAUCAACCAUCAUCCCAGCUGCAUCCAUAUGUCACAGCAAUCAACCAUCAUCCCAGCAGCAUCCAUAUGUCACAGCAAUCAACCAUCAUCCCAGCAGCAUCCAUAUGUCACAGCAAUCAACCAUCAUCCCAGCAGCAUCCAUAUGUCACAGGAACCAACCAUCAUCCCAGCAGCAUCCAUAUGUCACAGCAAUCAACCAUCAUCCCAGCAGCAUCCAUAUGUCACAGCAGUCAACCAUCAUCCCAGCAGCAUCCAUAUGUCACAGCAGUCAACCAUCAUCCCAGCAUCCAUAUGUCACAGCAACCAACCAUCAUCCCAGCAGCAUCUCAGUGGUCAACUAUCAUUAUUCCAUCUAAUUUGUCCAUUUUACGAAUCCAAAUUUUCCACAAAAGACAGUUUGUCUCAUGA